CCACAGCGAACAAAUCACAGAGCUUAAGAAGAAGAAGAGAUGAGCACGAGGGUGGCAUUCUUGGACUGCAAAUGCGGCGUUGCGGGUGACAUGCUUUUGGGUGCUUUGAUAGAUGCGGGUGCUUCGCGUGAGAAAGUUGUCGACGGGUUGAGAAGCAUUCAUGCGUUGGCAGAGGAAUGGGAAUUGGAAACGGAGAAAGUGGUCAGGAGCAAAGGACGCAUUGCUGCAACGCUCGCCCGGGUCAAGUCCAUCUAUGGCCACGAAGAGAUUCCUGUUGACACGCAGAGGGGGCAAUCAGCCGCGUCAGAUGAAAAUAAAAGAGGAGGCAGUGGUUGUCAUGCGCACCACUCUCAUGAGCAUCACAGCCAUGCCCACCACGAGCAUCAUCACCGCCCGCAUCGCAACCUGGAGAUCAUCCGAGAAAUGAUUAUGAACGCCGAUGGCCUGCCGGUAUCAGUGCGUCAGCAGAGCGUGGCUGUUUUUACGGCCUUGGCGGAAGCGGAAGCCGCCACGCACGGUGUGGCGGUGGACAAGAUCCACUUCCAUGAAGUGGGGGCAGUGGACAGCAUCAUUGACACGGUCGGCACGGUGUACGCCUUGCACCUGCUGGGCGUCCAGGAAGUGCACGCCUCCGCCUUACCCUACGGGGAGGGAUUCACGGGCGAGACCGCGCAUGGCAUUUUGCCUGUCCCCACCCCAGCCACCCUGCGUCUCAUGCUGGGCAUGCCCAUGCUCCCCGGGCCCCGGGGCGCCGCGGGAGAACUCGUGACGCCCACAGGGGCCUCUUUGGUCAAGGUGCUGGCCGCGGGUCGCAUGGGCCAGCCGCCGGUCUUCGUCCCCGACCUCUUGGGGGUAGGGGCGGGGAGCAAGGAUUUCCCCGGCCACGCGAACGUGGUCCGUGUCCUGGUCGGGGACCGGCCCCUCUCGAGCGAGGAGGGAGGGACGGGGGACCUGGGGGUGGUUCGGGCGUCGAGGCCUGUGUGGGAAGCCGGGAACGGGGGCGAGGACGGCGUGCUCGCCCAUGCCCAGCGGCUUCGUCCCUCCUUCCAUCCCCCGGCGGGCUACCUGUCCGAGAAGGGCGAGCCGGUGCAGCCCAUGACUGUGCCCUCCCCCCUCCACCCUCCCACCGAACAACUCCCGAUCCCCGCCCCUUCUGCGUCCGCCUGGUCCUCGGGCGGGUGGGAAGAGCGGCAUUUGUGCGAGUUGGAAGCCAACUUGGACGACAUGACCCCCGAAACUGCAAGCUUUGCCUUGGAGAGGCUGUUGGCCCAACCGGGUUGUGCAGACGUCUGGUACACGCCCGCCGUGAUGAAAAAGGGGAGGCCGGGGCUGACCUUGCACCUGCUCUGCGAGCCUUCCGCGGCCCCGGCCUUGCUCCGCUGCAUCUUUUUGGAGACUCCCACCCUGGGUGUCCGGGCCCAUACUGUCGCGCGCUUGGCUCUGGAACGGGACUUCGUCCUGGUCCCCACCCGAUACGGUCAAGUUCGGGCGAAGCUCCGGCACGCGAAGCGGAUGAAGGACCGGGAGCGUCGGGCGCACUUGGCGGAGAAAAAGACGCGGGCCGCAGACCCGGACGGGGCCGUGGACGUGGAGGAGCAGGCGAUGGAGGUGGUGGCCGCGCCGGACCCCGAGGAGGAGGAGAAAAGGAGGCGGCGACGAGCGUUGAUCAAAGCAGGGAUGGGGAAAGUCCUGGCGGACGGGGAAGGCGGAGGCGAGGACGGGAAGCGGAGGGUGGAGCAGGGUCUUCAGUCGACGUUCGAAGUGGUGCCUGCGGGGGGGCCGCCCUUGUUGUCCCUUGUGCCCCCCGUGGCAGACUCGCGCAAGUACGACUCUGAUCACGAGGAUUGGGACGACGAAGAGCGAGCCCGGACAUUGGCGAUCGGGACGAUGAUGUUGCGGCGGAGCAAGGCCAAGGAGCUGGUGGAUGCCUCUUACAACCGCUUUGCCUGGAACGACGCGGGAGACUUGCCCGAAUGGUUCGUGGACGACGAGGAGCGACACUACCGACCGCAGAUCCCCAUUCCGAAGCCCUUGUUGGACGAGAUGAAGGAGCGCUUCAAAAGCUUGGCCAGCAAGCCGAUCGCGAAAGUGGCGGAGGCCCGGGCUCGGAAGAAGCAUCGCUUGGUGCAGCGGUUGAAGCAGGCUAAGUCCAAGGCGUCGGCCAUCGUGAGCAACCCCGACAUGACGGAGCGAGACAAAAUGAAGGCCAUCCAGAAGGCUGUUAAGGGAAAAGGGGACAAAUUUUCACGGCCAGACAAGGUCUACGCGGUUGUGCGUCGUGGGGGAAGCUCCCAGGCCAAGCAAAAGGACGGGGCCUCGGGACGCGCUCGUGUCAAAUUGGUAGAUAAGAGGAUGAAGAAAGACACUCGGGGCAUGAAGAAGGCGAUGAAAGCCAAGAAGGGACGUGGUGGAAAAGGAGGAGGGAGCAAAGCGGCAAGAGCAGGAAAACGGAAGAGGUAA